UAGGUAUGGCCUCUUUUCGUAAAAUGGUGCCGGCUUCGGCACUUAUCCACGAAGGAGGAGAUGAUGUGACGGAGAAGAAAUCCAGGAAUGAGUAUCGUAAGGAGAAGGAUCUUGAAGAAGAGCGCAAAGCGGGAACAGCCCCUGCUAUGGUUGAUGUUAAAACGGGAAGAGACAUCAAUCCGCAUAUCCCUCAGUUCAUCUCCCAGAAUCCCUGGUACGUACCCAGUGAAGGACCCACUUUAGAACAUCAACGUCCUCAUGCAGAAAGGCAAAAGCAUAUGGCAACCAUUGACGAGUGGUAUAAGAAAGGUACUACAGGAAAGGCUGCUACGAAGUUCAGAAAAGGUGCCUGCGAAAACUGUGGUGCAUUUGGACACGUCAAGCGUGACUGCUUCGAACGACCUCGCAAGAUCGGUGCAGCUAAAACUGGUGAAGACAUCGCCCCAGACGAUUACGUACAACCGAACCUCCUUCUUGAUUUUGAUGCUAAAAGGGAUCGAUGGAACGGAUUUGAUCCGAGCACGCAUGAGCAAGUCAUCAAGGAGUUCGAACAUUUGGAGGAAGCAAGGAAAGCAAUUCGCGCUGAACAAAUCCAAGCUGGUCUUCUUGAUCCUGGCAAGGAAGGCGUGAUUACCGAUGACGAUAAGUAUGCAGAAGAUGCUGACAUGGCUGGUGUAUCCGUUGAUAUGGAUUCGCGUACUAGGAUUACUGUCCGAAAUCUGAGAAUCCGCGAAGACACUGCUAAAUACUUGUUCAACCUUGCGGAAAACUCACCAUACUAUGACCCGAAGUCUCGAUCCAUGAGGGAAAAUCCCUUCGCGAAUGUACAAGGAAAAGAGAAAGAAGCCGCACGCUUUGCUGGAGAAAAUUUUAUCAGAUAUACCGGCGAAGUAGUUGAGGCCAAUGAAGCGCAGGUUUUUGCAUGGCAAGCGCGCUGCAAGGGCAUCGAUGUCCACGCUUUGGCCGAACCUACUAAACUCGAAGCUUUGAAGAAAGAGUUCAACAAAGAGAAGUCUACGACUGACAAUGAACAACGCAAGGCUUUGCUUUCAAAAUAUGGAGGUGCUGAGUAUCUGGAAUCAGCGCCCAAGGAACUGCUGUUUGCGCAGACCGAGCAGUACGUGGAAUACAGUCGAAAAGGAAAAGUGUUAAAGGGAGCAGAGCGCGCUCCCAUCAAGAGUCGUUAUGAGGAAGAUGUAUAUCCUAUGAACCAUACCAGCGUUUUUGGAUCUUAUUGGAAGAAUGGGCAGUGGGGAUACAAAUGCUGCCAUUCUUUCAUAAAGAAUUCUUUCUGUCUCCAAGAGGAAGGACUGAAGGCUGAAAAAGACAGUGCUGCUACGGUCGAGAGCAAAAUGGAACCUGCCGCUCCAACUGUCGCAGCUCCCGAAACGAAAACAACUAAAAAGGAGGAACCUGAUGUGUCGAAUCAAACUAGUCCUAAAUCGGAAUCCGAAGAAGCUUCAUCAUCCAAGUCAUCAAGUGAAUCCGAGGAAGAAGAUUCGGAAAAGGAGAGGGAAAUGGAACGAGAAAGGGAGCGCAGAAAACAGGAUGCCAGGCGAAGAGAGAAAAAGAGGGAAAAGAGACGAAGACGAAAACAAAGAGCCGAAGGCAAACCGAAAAAGUCAAGGAAGGCAGAAAGUGAUUCGGACUCUGACUCAAGUUCGGAGAGUGAAGCUGAGAAGGAGAAGGAGAAAGAUGAACUCAAAGAAGCGUUGAAGAAAAUUGAAAAGGAGAAGAUUGAAGGGCAUAAGAAGUACCUAGAGGGUGAUCGUAAACGAAAGUUCAAUAACACUUACGAAGAGAAGCAGUUAACAGAAGCAGAACAAGAGGCGUAUAGACUUACCACUAUCCAUUCGGCAGAUCCUAUGGCUUCUUACAUGCAACAAAAGUUUGAGAAGAAAGCUAGGAAAUAAAAGUAGAUUUUUCAAUAUCUGAAAUACCUCAUCUAUUGUACAUAAAUGUUUGUUAUAAAUCUUCCUCUAU